AUGUUAUCUAACUCCAUCCCUCGCUCUGUUGCAGCGAAGCUCACAGAGGCCACCGUGUAUUGGGAUGCGGCCCAGAAGAGCGUGGUCCUGAGGGAGGGGGUGAUGGAGGCUGACGGUGGAGCCUAUGGUUACUUCAACGACUCUCUGCUCUUGACGGGGUGGAGCGUGCUGGAGAUCUGCGCUGGAUGUGGGAGACAGGCAGCAAAUGAAGAUGAGAUUACCUUCUUCCUGGCAGGGUACCUGGAGGGGUUCCUCACCGCUGAGCAAAUGUCCAGCCACUACUCUAAUAUGUAUCCACAGCUUGUGAAAGAUGAGAUUUUGCUGAAUUCCAUCAAACGAUUUUUAAGUAAACAGGACCUGUGGGCCAGAGACCAGGUGAAGCUCAGGCGCAGCACUGACCCCCUGUGGCAGCACAUGGGACUGCUCCUGGCACAGCUGGAUGGUCUCCAGGCCGGAGCUGCACAGUGGGCCAAGAGCAAACAGAGAGAGCCUCUGUCAGAGUUCUCCAUCCAGCUCCUGAACAGCAUUGGAGACCUGUUGGACUUAGUCCCAGCAUUCACCCCCCGCACCAACUCCUCUGGGGCUGCUGUCUUCAGAACCACAGGGAUGGGCCAUUGCACUGCUCUUAUAAAGGUUCUGCCAGGUUUUGAAAAUGUACUUGUGGGCCAUUCCAGCUGGUACACUUAUGCUGCCACCAUGAGAAUCUACAAGCAAUGGGACUUUAAGCUCUUGGACCCGUACUAUUCUACUGGGAAGAUGUCGUUUAGCAGCUAUCCAGGUCUCCUGUCCUCUCUGGAUGACUUCUACUUGCUGGGAAGCGGGCUUCUGAUGACCCAGACCUCCAUCAGUGUGUUCAACUCCUCCCUGUUUUCUUCACUCAGCCCUCACAGCCUGCUGGCCUGGCACCGAGUCCGCCUCGCCAACACGCUGGCACGUACCGGCCAGCAGUGGGCGCGAGUCUUCUCCAAAUUCAACUCAGGUACAUACAACAGCCAGUACAUGGUUUUGGACCUCAGCAGGAUCACACUGCGUCACAGUAUCAGGGACGGAGCUCUGACUGUGGUGGAGCAGAUUCCUGGAAAAGUUAUGCACUCAGACCAGAGCCAAGCCUUACGCAGAGGUUAUUGGCCAUCAUAUAACAUCCCAUUCCACGCUGAAAUCUACAACCUGAGCGGCUUUGGUGUCAUGUGGCGGAAAUUUGGUGAAGACUUCUCCUAUGACCUUUCACCUCGAGCUAAAAUCUUGCGGCGGGAUCAGGCCAAAGUUCACAGCCUGGACUCACUCAAACAGCUCAUGAGAUACAACAAUUACAAAAGAGACCCGUACACAAGAGGACAUCCGUGUAAAACCAUUUGUUGCCGUAGUGACCUGAGACAGAGGAGGCCUCGACCUGGAGGCUGCUAUGACACAAAGGUGACGGAGUUCCAGAUGGCUCUCCAGCUGGCCACGGAGGCGGUGAAUGGGCCCACGACACAGGGGGGUCUACAGCCUUUCUCAUGGCAAUCCUUCAACCUCACAGCUCACCAUGGACUGCCACAAGUCUUCAACUUCAGCUUUGUGAAAAUGAAGCCCUCACUUGCACGGCCGUAA